CUCCGACGACGAACGACGACAACAACAGCAGCCAUUCCCUCCUCCCUACAUUUCUAACUCUUAUUGAUACAAGUGGCUUUGAGCAUAUCCUGAGGAAAAACCGCUAGUGUUAUAGUUAAGCCUUACAUUGGCAAGCUUUCACAAUGUGGAUCAUCAACUGGUUCUAUGAUAUUCUCGCCUCCCUUGGUUUGUUAAACAAACAUGCCAAAUUGCUUUUCCUUGGGCUGGACAAUGCUGGAAAGUCUACUUUAUUGCAGAUGUUGAAGAAUGGCAGAGUCGCCCUCUUGCAGCCAACCGCACACCCGACUUCGGAGGAGCUCUCGAUCGGAAACAACACGUUCACGACCUUUGAUUUGGGUGGUCACAUCCAGGCUCGUCGCCUCUGGAAGGAUUAUUUCCCUGAAGUCAACGGGAUCGUUUUCAUGGUUGAUGCCGUCGACUACGAGCGUUUCCCCGAAGCCAAAGCCGAACUCGAUGCCCUUCUCGCUAUGGAAGAACUUGGCAAGGUUCCUUUCUUAGUUCUUGGUAACAAGAUUGAUAACCCAUCAGCCGUGUCUGAAGAUCAACUCCGAGCUGCUUUGGGAUUGUUCCAAACAACGGGCAAAGGAAAAGUUCCGCUGGAGGGAAUAAGGCCCAUUGAAGUGUUCAUGUGUACCAUUAUCGGACGAUCUGGUUAUGGCGAGGGUAUCAGAUGGCUAUCACAAUACGUUUAAUUAUGGAAUGGAGCUCUUCCACAUGAUGAUGCUUGCUUACAUGUCAUCGACGACCGUGCUUAUGGCCCCUUUUUUCGAUGAGAAAUUCAACCCCCACCCUGGCUCUCUGCCAGUCACCACCAACCUGACGCUUGGGGUUAACUCGGCUUCUACCUAUCUGUCUCACUAUUAACGAUCACCUCCCAUCUCGAGAUUAUUUCCCCACUUCCCUUUUUUUACCCGUCAGAAGCUUUCUGGAGUUUGUUAUUUCUAGUUAGUUAUUGGAUCCGAUCAGAAUUCUUUUUACCCCUUCAUUUUGGGGACGUCUUUUCUCCUCUCGCUGAUCCCAUAUUCAUUUUAGCUAGCUUUCCUAUUUUUUUCCCCUUGUAUUAAAGGCAUUCAGCGCUGCGCGACCCCAAAAGCACAGAACAAAGACAAGUUGCAUUUAGGGUGACAGGAGAGAAUCCUAACAUAGGUCGAACUGAACUAAUUAAAUUGAAGCAGUUCCCACAAGAAAUCCCCCUUUUCUGUGACUCCUAUUUCCUAACAUCUUGUCACAGUUUAUUGUUUUGAUUUUUGAUAGUUUAAUCUUUCCAUUGUUUUGAAACCUGGUUCCGGCAUCAUGUAUAGACUAAAACAUGGCCAGUGCUCGUGGCGCGCGAUAUCUUGCAGUUCUCCGUUUUCAUAAUUUUUAAUCUCUAUAGAGAGGGAAAAAGAAAGGGCGUUUUGCUACGAGGAUUUACCUGCUUUUAAGUUCCACUUUAAAAGUAUGACGUCAAGCUUCGACAUGGCUGGAGAGGGGCGGAGCGGAGCGGAGCGGAUAACAAGGGAAGUUCAGGACAUAAAUGGCGCUUCCACGACUAUUCCUUGAAUUCAAGUUGGAACUUGUCUUUAGCCCCAUGCC